UGCGAGCUGCAGCUGCAGCAGCACCAGAAUCUUUGUUCUAAAAUGGCGACUGGACCAUUUUCUUGCUUUCUUUCCAAAAGAAGACAAAAGUUGAGGGAGUAAUGGGUCUGCUGGUAACACUGUUUUGUAGGCGUAGGCUUCCCCUCUCAUAUGUCGCUGUCUGUCAUAAACUUCAGGGACAACCAGAGAUCCAUUCUUUCUAUUUCUUUCGUUAAUAAUGUAUGAAAAUAAACUCUCUCUUUCUCUUCAACCUCUUCCGGAAAUUCAUCAUCCAUUUCUCAUCCUUUUCCAAAUUAAAACCCAACCCUUUUCACAAAUUUCAAUCUUCUCACUUGGGUCUCUCUCCGUUUCACAUUUGGAUGUGAAAAUCAUGGCCUUUCCGCCCUCUGCUUUCUCCAUUCGAGAGUAUGCUUUGGAAAUGAGAGGGAAGGAUUUGAGGAGACGAAGUUGGCCGUUUAGUGAGAAGGUGAAGGAAGAAGUGGCUGAAGCUCUGCUGCCACCAAUUUCCGUUGCGAAAUUCCGCUGGUGGUCUCAAGAGCUGCACAUUCUGAAAUCGAAUAAAGUAGUAGAGGAUAUUAAAGUGGAGAAAACUUGUCCUGUUUGUGGAGUCUUUGUUACAGCUACGGUGAACGCAAUGAGCGCACAUAUUGAUAGUUGUUUAGCUCCAACAACCAAGGAAAAAAGAAAAAACAAAGCAGCAGCAGCAGCAGGGUUUUUGAAGGCAAAAUCAAGACCCCCCAAAAAGCGAUCAAUAGCCGAGAUUUUCGCAGUGGCUCCGCCAGUAGAAGCAAUGAUAAUGGUUAAUGAUUGUGAGGGAGAAAAAGUGGGUGGGAAACAAAGCAAUGGAGACAAGCUCAAAGCGACAUCGCUGGCUAGGACUCUUGUCUCAGCUAUGAAGACAAUGAAGGCCAACAACAACAACAACAAAAAUAAGGAGGGCCACAGAAAUCACAAGGAUGUUUCGGUCUGUUGUAAGAAACCUUGUUUUAAACGAGUGUCGAGACAAAAAAUGCAAAAACCAGUUAAGAAGUCCAAUGUAGUUGCCAAGCAACAGAGGGCAGUGCCUCCAAUUAGGAGCAUUUUGAAGCACAGUGUAACAACUUCUUCAUCCAUCAACUUCAAAUGCAGCGAUCAAGUGAUUAAUAAUGGCAGUCGAAAGUCCGAUCGGCGCGUUAGCUUCUCGGAUAAGAAUGAUGUUCUUGGUCCAAGCACUACCUGUGUACAAACUGGUGGCAGUCCAUUUCAAGACUCAGAGGGAAACACUAAUUCAGGGGAAAGUAAUAAAGGAGUUGAUUCGAUGGAGGUUGGCAUAAACGACGAUAGAUCUCAUCCUUGUUGGGACGGUGUGAAUCAUUCGGCCGAGAAGUCAAUAUCAGUAAAUCGGGUUAUUCCUCAUGAAAAUAGUUUGCAUUUGUUUGAUCAUCCUCAGAAGCUGCCAUCAGUACAUUCUGCCAUUCCUGCUCUAUUAGCUGCACAAGAAGAAAGGCAAUAUGGGCAUGAAGCGCAUUCUCUCUGUGGAAAAUCAGUUGACUAUUUGAUAAAUCCUAUGAAUGGAGUAGCUGCCUUAAGUGAAAAUGCAGCUGGUGGCAGAUUUCUUAACUUGGCUGAAUCUUCUGCUAAGGACACUCGAUCCAGCUUUCCGAACUGGGAGCAAAGUACGGUCGCCUACAAAGAGAAGGGCGUGAAUGAUGGAUUCUUCUGCCUGCCAUUGAACUCAAAGGGUGAGCUGAUACAACUAAAUUCAGGGUUGAUUAAUGAGUUUGAUCAAAUGAAUGAAACCAGUAACACUAUGGUGUGUUCUAGCAGGAUACCGGUAUGCGGUCUUGUCCUGCCAAGAAGCGCUCGGGAUUGUUUCAUAGAUAAUGAAAAACUCCUUGUGGACACUGAACUUACAGGAAACCAGUUGAGUUUAUUUCCAUUGCAUAGUAAUAUGCAAGAAAAUCAAAGAUAUUUGUCAGCUGGAUUGGAUGUCACUGAGCCUGGAAUUUCAAGAACAGCUGAUAUUAGACUGCAGAACUCAGAAAGGGGAACAGAAUCUGGAAGGUUUUUUCACUCAAACUUGAUGGAUCCUCCAUUUAAUCCUGAAAAUUCAAGUAGCUUGUUGCCGAAUCCCGCUCGACAAACGAUGCGGUUGAUGGGAAAAGAUGUAGCUGUUGUUGUAGAACCCGAGGUCAUAAACUUUCGGAAGAACACAACCUUAUUUGAGAGCUGCCUAACCAAUUCUAUCCAAGAGAAUCCCAUGAGAAAAAGAAACUUUCUGGAAGAUACACUGUUUUAUCCUGCAGGCUUUCAUAGCAAUCAAGUGGCACAAAGAAGCUUAUUGCCAAAUGCUCCACAAGGUAGGUACCCCCAUCCGUGUGUCGAUCGAAAAAACAGUAUAAUGUAUCACAGAUCCGACUCUGUCAUCAACUUAAACGAAAGGUUCAACAACAUCCAUAGCUUUUCACCUUUGCCGACCGAUCAAGCCUUCGCUAUGGCACCGAACUUUGAAGCACCCUUUUUUUCUGGUUCUCAAGCAGUAAGGCUUAGUGCACAGCCAUCAACAUUUUCUACUUCUUUUGAACUUGGUUUCAAUCAGAACAAUCUACAUCCAGCAGAAUUAGGAAACAUCAACUUCCCUUUCUUGCAGCCAGGUGAUGAAAAUCAUGUCCAGCAUCCUAGGUUUCACAGCUCUAAGAGCCUUCCCCCAUGGAUGUUACACGGUCACAAACGGGAAGACGUGCUGACUGCAAGCUCAAAACUCGCUGACAUAAAUGGAUACUAUUAUCCAUUCAUUUCUUCUUGUGCUGAUGUUCUCAGUAGUCCUUCUGCUUAUCACCUGAACGAGGCUACAUAUCCUCGCAGUACAAUGCCAUCUCACUUACAGAUGAAGAAUAUACCUGUCUCAACAUCUUUUCAUCAACCAAUAUCUAUUUCUCCUCGAGUUCACUCACCAUCCAUUAGAACGAGCUAUGAAGACAGAUUGAAGUUCAAGAGUUUAGAAAUGAACAAUGCCGGGAUUCUGCCACGGUGGACACGAGGCGAACUCAUUAAUGAUGUGCAAUCUAACCAGGGGACGACCGCGAAAAUCAUUGCUAACUGGGACAAAGCUGUUAAUUCAGCAGGAAAUAUGUCAAAUAUGAGUCAAAGUGAUGGAAUAGUGAAUGAAGCUCCUAAAGUUGAAUGUAUGGCAAGAACAGGCCCCAUUAAGUUAACAGCAGGAGCAAAACACAUACUGAAACCAAGUCAGAGUAUGGAUUUAGAGUAUAGUAAGCCGACCUAUUCAACAGUUCCUUCUGCUGGCUUAGCUCAGUGUGUAAGCUUGGUAGAAUCUCAGAAGAAGUCAACUAAAGUAUACAGUUUUUGAAGUAAGCAUUGUAGUUUAUCUUGUAAUUAUUUGCUAAAUCUAACUCG